GUAGGAGGUUUCAAGGAACCGAGGAAUAUAAACAAAGUUCUAUAUUGAUUACAGGCAUCUAAUUGAUUUCGAUCAUCGUCGUCUGCCAUCUGCAUUCGAUCACAGAAAUUGACCUUUAUUCGAGAACGGAGAGAGAGAGAUGAAGGCUCCAUACGUCAUCAUCCUCUUGGCAUGCAUCAUUCUCCAUGGCAACGGAGAUGAUAGUGAAGAAGGUACGGAUGAUGACAGUUCAGAGGAACAAGUACCAGCCCAAACUUAUUGUCCAAGAUGCCAUCCAAACCCUGAUCCGAGUUCUACUGUGUGUGGUGUCGUUGGUGGUAUAUACAGGACAACAUUUAGAUCGGAAUGCCACCUUCGACAAGUCGCCUGUUUGAAUGGGAAUGUUCAGUCGAGAGUAGUGCAUUGGGGAGCUUGUAUGACACGCCCACCGGUCACAACUCGAGUCCCUACUACCAGGAGAAUUAAACCAACCCCUCGUGUUACUCCAGCUCCAACGACAAGGAGAACGACUACGGCAACGACCACGACGAUGGCCCCCGCGAUGACGACGCCAUGUCCAGAUUCGUGUGACCUGGUACUAGAGCCGGUAUGCACGACCGUAGGAACCUACCAAAGCGAAUGUACAUUUAACUUAGUGCGAUGUCGAGGUAUCAUAGCGUCUACAGAAACCAUUCUCCAUGCGGGGAGGUGUAUCGAUACAUCGACAGCGGGCCCGUGAUCGAUCGGAACUAGGGUUCACCCGGAAGUACUACAAACUUAUCGUCUCCGACCGAUUCAUUAACCUUUAUCGGAUUGACUUCUUACCUUACAGUUAAGGAAGAUCAUCUGGACCCUAUCCUAAUGAGACAAUCGAAGGAACUACACAGACCCUUUGGUCAUAUUUAUUCUUCUUCUUCUUCCGUUGAGUACAGUCCUCUUUCCAGAGUAUAGUCGUACUUGGAACUGGUCAAAGAAAUGUUUAAUAAUGUGGAUAUUUUUUUUAAUAUGGACAUGGUCCAGGUGCAGAUCCUCCAUAAUGUGUGCUUUUGUGUCGACAUGUGGGUAUGUGUGGAUGUGUUCAUCACGCGUUUGUGUAAGUUUGUGACUGUGUUCGUGGGUCGAUAUGUACUUAACCCUGAUGGAAAAGGAGGGCACAUACUCGAACUUAAACCGAGGACACAAGUCACAUAGGAUGUCCUCAUUACGCUGAACCAUAGCUUGUGACGGUCCCAUUUUUUCCCUUUCUUUGCAUCGGCAUUCAUGGCCAUGUACAUGGCAUAAUGUAAAGUUUAGAAAAGAUCAGUGCCAAACGAUAUAAGAUGUCCUCGGAUGUAGAGUAAAGUUUCAGAUCCGUAUACGAGACUGGCACAAGAGUCUUCGCAUAUGUAAUAACGUAUUUCCGUAUUUCCAUGAACAAAAAUUGUUUCGAUUUCCGCCAUAAACGCAUUUCAAAAAUAUAUUUGUGUCCUACUGAUGUGAGUAGGGAAAGCAAAGUUUACCUUGCCAAGACCCGCUAAUUAACUAAUCAAAAGGUUUUUACAGCAUGUAUUUCUAUCUAAAAGGCCUAUUUGGAUGUGCGGUAGGACAUGUAGGAUCGGUUAUGAUGUCCAUGUAAGAGUGUGUCUGUAAUUUAAAUGAUAAAUUGGACCAAGCUGUUGAACCAAGACAUUAAAAAAAUGUUUGUGUGUGUGUGUUUGCAAUGACUCGAAAGGUCGAUGGGAAGGUCAAUAUUGUAAAUAUAUUAGCUUAUAUUCUGGAGUCCAAUUUUACAUGGUCUAACCCUGUGAAUAAAUUAUGGAAAGCCGAACAUGUCAAAAUGAUGUUUACAUUGUGUCUAUGUGCUCUCUCCUAAUUCUUUUGAAGCCAACUAUCUUAUUUAUCAUUCCUAUAGACACUUACCAAUGAUUUGAGUAAUUGAUCCUCUACAAUGAGAGGAGUACAGUAUGUCACAUUUGGCUUUCCAUAGUUAAACCACAUUAACCAGAGUUUAUAUCAAACCCGACUUCAGAAUACGGGUCUUGGAAUUGUAUUAAUUCUGAAUUCGUUUCAUGAGGAUGAAGCGUUAAACUACAUCGAAUGAUGUUGAAGUUAUCUCAUAUUUAGUUUACUUAUGGAAAGGUUCAGAUAAAUUGUCAGGGGAAUGAAUGUUUUGAAACACUGUAAAAUCGAAUUGAUUUGCAUAUAAACGAUCAAAACGAAAACAGAAUUUUGAGUAUAAUAAUAAAUAUAUUAAAAUAGGUUAACCCUUUUUUUGGUUGAAAAUAAAUCGUUCCCACGCCAUGUUCGCAUAAUGUUUACAACGUGUUCACAUUCUGUUCACAGCGUGAUUUACAGUGAAUUAAGUUUGUUCACAGUGCCUUCACAUUGUAAUCACUUGGUCUUCAUAUUGUGUUCACAGUGUAUUCACAGACUUUGUUUUGAGGAUGUUUGCAGUGUAUUCACAGUGUGUUAUGAGUGUGCAUGGUCUCAGUGUGAGUGUGUUCAGUGGCUAAUAUUCUGAAGUCAGGUUUAACUUAGACCAUGGUCCAACUCUGUGCUAAAAAUAU